UAAGUUAUAUUAUUGGGAAACAGAGGUUGAUAUAAACGAGACUUGCUCUCCGGUAGUAUUGGCCUCCCCAGCGUAGCUUUCUUUACAAAUAAAUGAAUAAAAUCAGUGAGCAACACAAGGUCGAGAGUAGUUAGCCCUGCCACCCCGUCAUCUCCCGGAGCAGCUGCAGCCUUGUGGCCGCCGGGAGACUCCUGCGUCCCUACCUGCGUGUUUUCACCCUCCCGGAACCCAGAGGCGACUCUUUGCCGGAGAAACGUCCCCAGAUCUCGCCCUUUCUUGGUCUCGUCUCGGGGCCAUUCCUCACACAACUUCAGGAACCGACGAUACCUGGUCGCAGACAUCUUUGGUCAUGUAAUUCAGAUUUAGCAAACGCGAAGGACGUUUGGCGUUUUGUCCCUAUCGCGCACCGUACUUGUGUAACAUUGAAAGUCUUCCCCCUCCUCGCCGCCGCUUUGACUUACACCGCCGCAUGUUAGCAAGAUGAGUGGAGCAAACGUGAAAAAGGGCUCCUCCGCGGGAAUGGUGGAGUGGAUCAGCUCCGCCUGUCGCUUUGCUACGGACAGAAACGACUUUAGGAGGAACCUUCUUGUCAACUUGGGCUUGUUUGCUGCUGGUGUUUGGGUUGCAAGAAAUCUCUCUGAUUUUGACCUGAUGUCUCCUCAGCCAGUGACAUAACGCGGCCACAUCAAAACCGGGAUGAUGGGAUCUUGGACCAACAAAGAAGAAACAAGGGACGAGGAUACUCCAUGACGUUUUUAUCACUGCUCAUAGUUUAAAAACAAAUUGUCUCCUUGACGUGAAUCUUUAUUUCUUUUUUUUUUCCAUUUGUGUGAAUGACCUGAAAAUCAAUAAUUAAAUUUAGAUAAUGU